GAGCCGCCAUAUUAGGAAGCCAAACCCCUCUUUCAUUCGGAUAAGAAAAGACCGGAUACUUCCAGGAGAGUUUGUGGAAGUACUGGAUGUUUUUAAGCGCUUGACUGUAAAGCGUUAAACGUGCGCCGUGUGUAUUUGUUUUGGUUCGGCUCGUGUCUUUAUUCGUGGUGUUUUUAGUCUCUAACAAUGGCGACCGCGACUGGUACUCCGGCCGGGCAGAGGAGCACGUGCGGCAGCGGCACGCCGCUGAGCCCGACCCGGAUCACCAGGCUGCAGGAGAAACAGCAGCUCCGGGACCUCAACGACCGGCUGGCCACUUACAUCGACAAAGUCCGGAGUUUGGAGUCUGAAAACAGCGUUCUUCACCUGCAGAUUAACGAGAAGGAAGAAGUUAGGAGUCGCGAGGUGACCGGACUGAAAGCCCUGUACGAGAAUGAGCUCGCGGACGCCCGGAGGUGUUUGGAUGACUCCUCCAAGGAGCGGGCCUGGCUGCAGAUCGAGCUGGGCAAGAUCAAGUCCGACCACGACCAGCUUCUCCUCAAUUACAACAAGAAGGACUCUGAGGCAGCAGGAGCCCAGGCAAGGCUGAAGGACCUGGAGGCUCAGUUGAACAGUAAAGAGGCCAUGCUGACCACCGCUCUGUCUCAGAACGGAGGCCUGGAGGCCGCGCUGGCUGACCUGCGAGAGCAGCUGCAGGAGCUGGAUUCUAGUCUGACUCAGACCAAGAAGCAACUUGGAGAUGAGAUGCUUUUACGCGUCGACUUGGAAAACCGCUGCCAAAGUCUGACAGAGGAUAGUAUCUUCCGUAAGAACAUGCAGGAGGAGGAAGUGAAGGAAGCCCGGCAGCGGUACGAGACCCGGCUGGUGGAGGUGGACUCUGGUCGCAAGGAGGAGUAUGAAUACAAACUGACUCAGGCCCUGGUUGACAUGAGGGCCCAGAAUGAGGAGCAGAUCCAGAUCUACAAGGAGAACAUGGAGAGCACCUACUUGGCCAAACUGGAGGACCUUCGUCUGUGUUCUGAGAUGAAGGGAGCGUCCACCAACAUGGCUCGGGAGGAGCUCAGAGAGUCCACCCUGAGGAUCGAGAGCCUCAGUGCCCAGCUGGCAGCGAUGCAGAAGGAGACUCGUGGUUGGCGUGAUCGUAUCGUGGAGCUGGAGGCCGCUCUGGCUCAGGAGAAGGACAGAAGCCGCAACCUGCUGGCUGAUAAAGACCUGGAGGUGGCUGAGAUCAGGAGCAAGAUGCAGCAACAGCUGAACGACUACGAGCAGCUGCUGGAUGUUAAACUGGCACUGGACAUGGAGAUCAACGCCUACCGCAAACUUCUGGAGGGAGAAGAAGAAAGACUGAAGCUGUCUCCCAGUCCCUCGGCCCGUGUCACCGUGUCUCGGGCUUCAUCCAGCAGCCGCAGCGUGCGAACCACUCGGGGAAAGAGAAAGCGCGUUGAUGUGGAGGAACAGGAAGCCAGCAGCUCGGUGUCCAUCGCUCACUCUGCCUCGGCCACAGGAUCCAUCUGCAUCGAUGAGAUCGACACAGACGGAAAAUUCAUCUGCCUCCAGAACACUGGAGACGAGGACCAGGCAAUGGUCGGUUAUGAGAUGAUUAAGACGAUUGAAAAUGCUUCAGCCACCUACAAGUUCACACCCAAAUACACCCUGAAGGCUGGCCAGAAAGUCACGGUUUGGGCCUCUGAUGCUGGCGUGAGCUCUAAACCUCCCACAGACCUGGUGUGGAAGAACCAGUCCACCUGGGGGUCAGGACUGGACGUCCACGUGGUGCUGGUCAACCCUCAGGGAGAGGAAGUGGCAAAGAGAACCACAACUUACAAGACCGCAGCAGAAGAAGAGCAGAGCGACGAGGAAGAGAACGGAGUGGAGGACUCGGAGGAAGACCUCUUCCAGCAGCAGGAUGACCCUCGCACUGCAAAGAGAGGCUGCUCCAUCAUGUGAUCCCGCUGCAUGAAGCAGCCUCCUCCUCCUCUGAGCCCAGCCAGUCUGCUGCCAACUGUGAUGCUAGAACUAUUUUUCUAUCUUUUGUAGUGUAUUUCAAUAAAAAAAAAACAGGUUUUAUUUCUCAUAAAAAAUGCUUUUGGUAGAUAUGUUUCUCAUCUGAAAAAGCAAAAUAACAUGGUUGAACAAAAUAGCAUUUGUAGUUCAGAACUAUUUUUCUUUUUAUAAAAAACCAUGCAACAGGUAGUUUAGCUCAAGGAGUGACUCGUUCUGGUAUUUUUUAAAUGUUUUUUAAUUUUGUGAUAUUUUAUAUUUUAUCUUAUUAUAUUACUGAUGCUAUAUUUUAGGCUCAAAGAAAAACCACAGGGUGUCAGUGAUUAGAUAAGUUUGGGGCUGGUUUUAGAUCAGUUUUUUCUUUUAUUUGCUCCAAACCUACUGUAUUUAAAAAAUGAAACUGACAGGACAAGUACACUAAAAGCUCUGCAGUAGCAGGAAAUGAUGUAAUACAUCACUUAUUACAUCACUCUGGACCUUUACUGGACUAGAUGUUCUAGUAGAAAAAAAUUGAAAAUGCUCUGAUUGUUUGAUUGUAUUCACAAGGAAGUCUGAGGGCAAUUGGAGUUCAAGUUGCUGAGUCCUCUUAAACGCCCCCAUGUAUAAAAUGUAAAACUGCAGGUUUGGUGGUUAGUCAUGAUAGUUUAAAAAAAAAAGUUCUCACCUGUGGACAUUAGGAAAUGGACAGGAAGCAAUAGCCAGCAGCAGUUUUCAGCAGGGUGUUUUCUUUAUCUCCAAUUUAAAAACCUGUGCCAUUAGAAACAUGACGUGUUCAGAUGUUUGAUGAUUGUAUUCUUAAACUUUUGAUAUUCUAAGUGAUUGAAGUACUUUUUGUGUUUUGUCUGUUACUAUGCAUGCUGUGGCUGUAAUCAUCAUCAUAUUUGAAUGAUUAAAUACGUUUUCUUGUA